AUGACGUCAUUGGUGAUUCCCCCAAACAAGUUGUAGCUUGUCAAUAUUUUCCAUUAUAAAGCUGGCACUCACUCGAUCUGCCCACUCCAGACAAACCGAGUUUCUGUUCUAGAUAUCUAAACUGAUCAUGCCUCCAAAGAAGAAGGGCGCUGCAGCAACGAAAAGGAAGGCGCCAGCAAAGGCUCCAGCUGGUGGGAAGAAGGCCAAGAAGGAACCAGAAGAACCUACGGUUACCGAUAUUGUCUCGACCCUCAAAGCUGCUGGGUCCAGUAAGAAGAAAGUUCACAAAGUUGAUGAGCAUUGCCACUUGAAGAGUAAUCAUGAGGUUUAUGAAGACUAUGACUGCAUGCUGAACCAGACCAAUAUUGGCAAGAACAACAAUAAAUACUACGUCAUCCAACUACUUGUUGGUGGUCGUAACUACUAUGCUUGGAACAGAUGGGGACGAGUUGGUGAAAGCGGAGCCAAUGCAAUCAAGGGGCCAUUCACUGAUGUCAACAAGGCCAUCAAAGAAUUUGAAAAGAAGUUUAAAGACAAGACCAAAAAUGACUGGAAAAAUCGUGACAGCUUCGAACCAGUGGCGGGAAAAUAUUCGCUUAUUGAGAUGGCGGAUGAUGAUGGAAAUGAUGCAGCACCAUCUGCUCCUGCGGCCAAGAGUGGUGGGAUCGGAAAGACUAAGCCAUGCUCACUCGAUGCCACUACCCAGAAGCUUCUCAAUCUCAUCUUGGACACAGAUAUGUUUAAAGACGCCAUGAAGAAAUUUGAUAUCGAUGUGAAGAAGAUGCCACUUGGAAAGCUUAGCAAGCCGCAGCUAGCAAAGGGCUUCGAGUGCCUCGAGGAGAUGGAGGAGAUAAUCAAGAAGGGCAAGGGCAAGGCCAAGCUGACGGAACUCUCAUCGAAGUUCUACACGGUUGUCCCGCAUGAUUUUGGCCGACAGAGGCCACCAAUCAUCGACGAUGUCGAGACGCUUCAGAAGAAAUAUGACAUGUUGGCUGUCCUUGGCGAUAUUGAGAUUGCCCAGUCAAUGCAGAAGCAGAAACAAAAAACGCUCUCGGCAUGCAAAAGUGAUAUACCACAUCCUCUUGAUGUUAAUUAUGAACUCCUGAAAUGCGACCUUGACGUUUUGGACAAGAAGAGCAAAGAAUUUAAGGUCGUUGAUACGUACUGUAAGAAUACACAGGGCUAUAGGAAAGUUGUCAUCGACUCUGUCUGGAAAGUCAAUCGCCAUGAUGAGGCCAAAAGAAUUGCCGUCCAUGACAAAUUGGGCAAUCGUAAACUGCUCUGGCAUGGUACCAAUGUUGCAGUUGUGGCAGCCAUCUUGAAGACAGGUCUCCGCAUCAUGCCUCACAGCGGAGGCAGGGUUGGACGUGGCAUCUAUUUUGCCUCUGAGAACGGGAAGUCGUCUGGCUAUGUUGGGACGGCUCCUUCUAAUGAAGGCAUCAUGUUCUUAAAUGAGGUGAUUCUGGGAAAUGAGCACCACAUCACACGGGAUGAUCACACCCUAAAAGUAGCCCCCUCUGGCAGCGAUUCUGUCAUUGCCAUGGGAUGGAAUGAACCAGAUCCCAAACAGGAUACAUCUCUCAAGUUGGAUGGAAAAGCGGUGGUUGUACCCCAAGGCAAACCAGUCAAGCGUGACGCCUACUACCAGAAGAGUAGCUUCGACCAGAGCGAAUAUCUGAUCUACAAGGAGAGUCAGCAGAGAAUCCGAUACAUGAUCCUGGGAAAGUUUAGUUAUUAGGAGAUUCUUUCCUGGUGCUCGUAGGACUGAUGGUAUACAUUGUAAAUAAGAAAGUUGAAUUGUUUCAACACGUUUUUAAAUCGUUUGGAAAGCUUGUUCCAAAUGCCUCAGAAUGGUUUCCAGCGCAUUGCAGACGGAUAAGUAUCAGUUUUAAUGGGCCACACAACACACAGGAGGCGAGUUUUAAGCAGUUUUGUGCUGCUUUGACCAUUUGACCAUCAGUCCCACAAAGCUGAUAAGAAUUUGCCAUCAGAAUCUCAGGAUCAUGUAUUCUCUCUACAUUACUAUCUGUAUUGAAACUAUCAGGAUAGAUAGAUCUAUUUGUCGUUGAUGCAUAAUUGAAUGACCAAGAAUUAGGUCCAGCGUUACAUGUACUUGUGCCAUAUUUAUUCAUUUUCAUUUGUGUUGUUUCUAAUCAUGUAAAUCACUUCAAUGGCAUUUUUUAUGGGGCCAUUUAUAAAAGUUUGAGUUCCUGGUUACUCCUUCAGGAUUUACUAGGAUUUUACUUCAAUUUCAGUUUAAUUUGAUCAUCAAAAUAUUUCCUGCUUGUCUGCAGUGUACGACAUAUGUGACCCAUCACCUCAAAUCUGAGAAGUCGCCAGGCCUUUUUAUGGUAUUGAGCAGUCACUGACAAUAUAUGUGAGAUUGUGUAAAUUCCAGUCCACAGAAACAUGCUGCAUAUCCUGACAACUUUGGGACCAGAAUCAUUACUUUAGAGUAUGUAAGCUUGAAUCUAAAUAGUUUUCAGUAAGUACAUGUAUUAUAACCUUAUGUCUAUAAAGUUAUUGCUGUAAUAUUUAUAAUGUUGGAUAAUAGAAUGUUUUAAAGCCAUUAUUGUUUAAGAGUGUGCUGUUUCCUGUUUAGUCUAUUAGAACUAUAGAGAUGCUAUCAAGACUGAAUGAAGACUUGUCUUUAUUACUUUUUGAUGCUAUCAAAAAAAUAUAAGGUUUGCUUUUUUGUUGAGAGGCGUGUUAAGUAGAUGUAUGUCACCAAUUUCUUUACAGGUAAUGAAAUUAUUGAUACAUUUUUAUCAGAAUCUUUAUAACUCUACAGCGUGUCUAUACUUGUGAUAUAAAUGUAAUAUUUUACAAAUGACAAAUGAUUAUUGUUUUAGAAGGGCACACAGGCAAGAAUGAAUAAACACUGUUCUUUGUUAAUUCUUGAAACAGGGUAUUCUUAAAAAUGUUGUGGUCAUCAAGGUGUGAUAAGAAUAAUUCUGAAUUACACUUUUUGAAGUUUUUGUUAACCCGUGUUUGGAUAAAGAUACCUGAUGAGGAAAUCCAUGUGUUUGAUCAGUUAUAAAAUCUUGAAAAAAAUGCUAUGUAGUCCGAUGUUUAAGGUUUCAAGGUUAAUUCAGCACAAGUUUUGAGUCACUUCUGUGAUGAAGACAUAGGUUGUACCAAAGACAGAUAGCGAGCUUCUUUGGUUUCAUGGGUAAUUCAGCACAGGUAUUGAGUUACUCAUGUGAUGAAGACAUAGGUUGUACCAGAGACAGAUAGCAAGCUUAUUUGGUGUCAAGGGUAUAAUUCAGCACAGGUAUUGAGUUACUCGUGAUGAAGACAUAGGUUGUACCAAAGACAGAUAGCGAGCUUCUUUGGUGUCAUGGGUAAUUCAACACAGGUAUUGAGUUACUCAUGUGAUGAAGACAUAGGUUGUACCAGAGACAGAUAGCGCGCUCCUUUGGUGUCAUGGAUAAUUCAGCACAGGUAUUGAGUUACUCAUGUGAUAAGACAUAGGUUGUACCAGAGACAGAUAGCGAGCUUCAACUAUUGAGUUACAUGUGUGAUGUUGACAUAGGUUGUACCAAAGACAUGCAUGUAGCGAGCUCUGUUUCUGGUUGUACGAACAUCAGAGUGUCUCAUAAUCUCUUUGGAAUACAUUUAACAACACUGGAAUGUCUUCACAGAAGUAGCAUUGGUUGAUGAAAAGCCAGCUGGACGAUGUGCAAAGAUUGUUGUCAUUUGAAAAUUGUCAAAACCUUGCAAUAAUCGACAUGGCACAUACAUGUACUUGUAUCGGUAAUAAAAUGCCCAGAAACUUAGAAAGAUCUUGUUUAGUUCUGAGCUAGAGGAGGAG